AUGAGGACGGUUUUUCUUGCCGCCCUCCUCUGCUGUGGGGGUCGCGCUCUAGGGUCUUGUCCAGAUGACGCCAGUGAUUUAGUAGCUUGGUCUUCGAGUAUAACUGCAAGCAAAAAUGACAACAUUACUAUCUCCCAACCCAUUCUCUUAGACGUCUCUCCCCCAGAAUUAUUUGGAAUCACCAUAUCCUCCGGAGGUAGGUUAGUGUGGAGCAGAAAUGGGAAUUUCAGCAUCCGGACCCACUACAUUUGGAUACAAGGCGGUGGAGAGCUCCAUAUCGGAAGCGAGACCUGUCAGUUUGAUAGAAAAGCAAGGAUUACUUUAUUAGGCGAACCUGGAGAGCUCAACAUACCGUCUUUUGGGGAGAAGUUUAUAGGCGUGGAUAAAGGGGGAGUACUAGAACUCCACGGUAAAGAUAAACUUUCCUGGACCAAGCUGUCACGACACGCCCAAAAGGCACAGGAAGAAAUCUACAAUCAUAGGGAAACCGAAAUAAGCUUCAAACCAGGAAUGUAUGUGUAUCACUUUAGGGAAGCUUUCAACAGCGAUUUUAACAUCAACACCGACUCAGGGUUCGAAUAUGUAGGAAAAAUUCACAGAAGACUUAAUUUCUUCAGUCAAAGAAAAACUAAUGCCGCAAUUGCCGACUUGAAAAACUUUAUUGAAGGAAUCCCAGAUGGAGACAUUUUCGCUAUUGCAACACAAAAGAACUUCUUUCGUAAAGACCUAUCUGCUCUUUAUGACGUCAUUGACGCACUGGGCAGUACAAACACUUUCCGUAGAGUCCAAAGAGACGAUGCCUAUGUUGCUGUGGGAAAGAAAGGAUCAAGUUUUUCUGAAAACCACAAUUCAGACAUUUCGGAGGACCAGUCUACAGAGGCCAAGGUAACAUAUACAGCCCCAGGAAGAGAACGAGAAAUUAUGGUAAUGUCAAAGAACCAUUUAAGGGAUUCCAAGAGUCGCACAGAGUUUAAGGUUCUAAACACGCUGCAGACGAGACCUAUCAUCUCUGUUGUUGAUGACGUCAGCGGUUGGAAUACUGGGGACAAGAUCUUUAUUACCUCCACUGAUUACGACUGGAGACAGGUGGAGGAGUUCUCCAUCGUCCCCUGUAAUAGUCCCGAAUGUUCACCAAACACUGUCCGUCUCAACCGUCCAAUCAGAAAUGAUCACUAUGGUGAAAUUUUCAAGCGGGUGGACAUGCGAGCUGAGGUGGGUUUGAUGUCAAGACACAUCCUAAUAGACGCCGAGGUGUCCAAGGGCAAAAGCAACGGGGGACACGUCAAGUUCGUGAAAGGAUUUGGAAGUGUUCGAGUAGAAGGUGUUGAACUUACAAAUCUUGGUCAACCUUUGAUCACAGGUCGCUACCCUCUCCACUAUCACAUGUGUGAGAACCUUGCUGACACCUCUCUCUAUCCAGUCCGCUCUUACCUCAGGAAGAACUCCAUUCACCAUAGCCAGUUCAGAUGUGUCACAAUUCACGGAACUCAUAAUACAACGGUAACUGACAAUGUUUGCUAUGACACGGUUGGUCACGGAUUCUUUAUCGAGGAUGGAGGAGAAAAAGACACUUAUCUCAGGGGUAACCUAGGUCUGGGUCAGCGUAGAUAUAAAGGAGACACCGUAUUAGACGUCACGGGAGCUAUUCCUACUGACACAAAAAAAGGUCCUGUUACAUUUUGGGUCACGAGCCCAAAAACGACUCUGAUCAACAAUGUCGCCGCCGGAGGAGAGGGAAUCGGAAUGUGGUUUGUUUACCCUGAUAUUCCGACGGGCCCAUCUCAUGACAAAAACUUCAUGGCGGAGAAAGAGGCUCGUCGCACAAAAAUCACGAAGUAUCUUAACAAUGUGCAUCAUUCGUAUGUUGUGGCAGGACUGUUUGUGGACAAUAUUGAGCAACAGGACCUGACCGUGAAAGGGUACAAUAAAUAUAACCCCAGGCUUAUCCCAACCGAUCCUUCCUCCCCCAGGGUAGCAGCUGUCUUUGAAGGAAUUACAGCUUAUAAAAAUCGAAUGCAAAAUGUUUGGAUUCGAGGGACUCCCAUAAUUGUCAAAAAAUCAUCAUUUUCCGACAGUUUAUUCGGAGCAACUUUGAUCAAAGAAAGCAACGUAUGGAUGGAAUUUACAGACAAUGUUGUGAUUGGUUACUCUGACAACAUGGGUAAUCCAAUGGGAAGUGCCGAGAGAUCAUUCCCAUCAAGACCUUCUAGACCAAUAGCUGGAUAUAGGGUACACAAGGGUCCUGUCUAUGUCAGAAACACGUGGUUUGGAGGCUUUGAGUCUACAGAUUUAUACAACGCCACAGCCAUCACAAACAGACAGUGUCCCCCAAAUCUAGACCCACAGAACCAAGUCCAGAAUGUUCUUUUUGGUUUUGAUGAUACUCCAGGAAGCCGCUUCCAUUUCACGAAUGGACGCAACUGCCCCGAAAAAGAGGCGAUGUUCACCGUUAAAGAUGUGGGAAAUAGUUUGACACGAGAUCAGGGAACUUCAGACAUGACCCUUGUCACAAAUCACCCCUUCCACACCACUGGGGAAUGUAAAUUGAGGAACUCGUGGGAUAUGGCCUAUUGCCCAUACAACUACGGAGAGAUAAAAUUCAUGUACCCGACGGAAAAUGAUCUAAAUGUCUACAGAACUGAUGGCGGAUCGACAUACGCAAUGAGAGAUAUUACCAGCAAGUCUUUCAUCUCAAUCCUUGGUGACUCGUCGAGGACUUUCCAGUAUCUAGCCCUCAUUGAAGAUGGAAUGCCAGCCACUGUUGGAAUUCGUGGCUCUUCCAUCACAAAAUCAAACUCAUUUGUAAUGGCAUUGUGUUUACCAAGAGAUGCCGAAUUUACAUUUCGUUAUUCCAUCUCCAAAGCGGACAGAAUUAGGGCUCAAAAGGUGUACACAAGAGAUGAGGUUUUAGCUGAUACCACGGGAGGAAAAUACUUCUUCGAUUCCAAUGUUGGAGUGAUCUUCUUCAAAAUGGUCAGUGAUGUGGAUUACACAGAAGGGGAGAAAUCCUCUUGCCCCUCCAAACACUGUCCCUUCGCUUUCAUCGGGAUAGACAGCGGGACAAUGACCGACAGUGACUGUUCCAGUAGGUUUUUUAACCAGCCAUCAAAGUCCUAUCUACAAGCGGACCAGGGUAGCCCAAGUGUAGAAAAUAGCGUAAUCCCAGCUGAUUCUGAAAACCCACCAGAGACAAUGGGAGCAGGAUCUACAUAUCCAGGACCAGCUCUAUAAGAAAUCCAGACUCAAAUUUCGUCCUAGUCUCCGCAGGCCAAAAUAUAUUUUAUGUGUUCAGGGUAGAAUGUUUUAUUUGUAUAUAUACAGUUUAUAUUAUC